AUGGCUCCAAUCAGGAAGUAUCUUUCUGGGGCUAAAAAAAGAAAAGAAAUUCAGAGGAGGGAGGCGCUAAAGAAGGUUCAAGCAAGAACUAUUCGACCUAUAAGUAAUUUUUUUCAGUCAAUUAAUGAACAACCACAAGCUUCUACAGAUGAGAAUGAGAAUGUUAAAGCAAGUCAAGGUUUGAAUGAGGAACAAGAUUUGAACGAGGAACCAGGUUUGAAUGAGGAACCGGGUUUGAAUGAGGAACCAGUCAUUCAUCAAUCUGUUAAUGAUAGUGGUGGAGGGGAAGACAUGGUUCUGUUACUCGAAGAGAAUCAACAAGAUGCUGAAUUUACUUUUCCAUUUGAUGUUGAUGAUCCUGGAAAUUGGGGUGAGAUUAAGCAAAAUGUCAUAGACUUUUUGGUCGAAAGGGGUCCUAAAAGAGAGAAUGAUUUCACAUAUCCUGUUGAUGACUUGGGAGACAUUUUAGUUCCUCACAAUAUUUUCGUCGAAUUGGAAACAAGAUUGAAAAAGCAGGCCACAAUUGAUCAAGCUGUGGAAGAGAAAAUAAAGAAGGAGAAAGAACAUUGGCGGCAAGUACUAUUGAGGAUCCUUGCGAUUGUGAAAAGACUUGCAGAAAACAAUUUGGCCUUUCGUGGGGAUAAUGAAAAAUUGUAUGAGGAGAGAAAUGGAAUUUUCUUACAAAUGAUUGAGAUGAUUGCUGAAUUUGAUCCGGUGAUGCAAGAACAUGUUCGACGUAUGUCAAAGAAGGAAACUCAUUACCAUUACUUGAGUCACAAGAUCCAAAACGAAAUUAUUCAACUACUAGCAAAUGAGAUAAAGGCUUCCAUCAUUGCAACAAUCAAAGAAGCAGUGUACCAUUUUGUUAUACUUAAUUGCACUCCAGAUGCGAGUCAUGAGGAACAAAUGUCUCUUAUCAUCUGGUGUGUUGAUGUUACAUCGAGUCCGAUUGUGGUAAGAGAGUUUUUUUUACAGUUUCUAAAAGUGGAUGAUACAUCGGGGCUUGAAUUGUUUAAUGAGCUUAAGAAUGCAUUGCACAAUCAUAAACUCAAUAUUAGUGAUAUACGAGGACAAGGAUAUGACAAUGGUUCUAAUAUGAGAGGCAAACACAAAGGUGUGCAGAACAUGCUUCUUGAGCUGAUUAUUUUUUUUGGAGUGGUGCAACGAAUAUACUCAUUCUUCUCAUCUUCUACAAAGCGAUGGCAAGGGUUCAAGGACUAUGUGCAGGGUCUUACUCUUAAGCCAUUAUCUGAAACACGAUGGGAAAGUCGUGUUGAAAGUGUGAAAGCAUUUAGAUUCCAAGCUCCCAAAAUAAGAGAUGCAUUAGCAUACUUGGGGAAAAAUAGUGUUGAUUCUAAAACAAGGUCUGAUGCUCAAUGCUUAGCGAAACAUGAGAUGGAGAAUUUUGAGUUCUUAUUUGGCAUGGUUAUUUGGUAUGAACUGUUGAAUGAUAUCAAUAUUAUGAGUAAACUUCUUCAAUCAGAGGACAUGCACGUCGAUGUUGCUGUUCAGGAAUUGGCAAAGCUUAUUUCUUUUGUGCAGAACUAUAGAGAAAAUGGAUUUGAUAAGGCCUUGAUCAGAGCUAAAGAAAUUGCAAGUGAGAUGAGAAUUGCAGUUGAAUUUCGUGAAAAGAGACCCAUUAAAAAGAAGAAGCAUUUUGACGAAAGCGACAGUGACAAUGAAGAGGUGACACAAGCUGCUCUUGAAUCAUUUAAGGUUGGUUACUUCUAUUAUAUUAUUGAUCAAGCACUUUCUUUACUUCAAAGUAGAUUUGAACAGUUUAAGAAAUAUGAAGAAGAUUUUGGGCUUUUAUUCAAGUGGGAGAAGUUGAAGUCCACAUAUGAUGAAACAUUGAUGAAUUUUUGUAUGAAUUUUGAAAAGUUAUUCAAGGAUGGUGAUAAAUAUGACAUUAUUGGGGCUGAACUAUUUGAAGAGUUGAGCUAUUUGAAAGGGUCUAUACCAAAAGAAGCAUGA